AUGAAAUACAGCAGCGAGCUGAGCGGGAGCGCAGGAAACGCUGGCCCGGGGUUCGCGGCGCAGGCCAGGCUGAAGCAGCGCGGGGAGGAGCGUGGGGAGGGGCGCGGGGAGGGGCGCGCACCUGGGACGCACGUCGGGGGGACGCACGUCGGGGAGGGACCCGCGGAAGGACUGUCCUGGCCCGAGCCCUCCCCCCUGCGCGGCCCGCCCGGGGCAGGGCUGGAAGCCGGAAGCGGCCGCGUGGGCGCUAACUCGGGAUUCACCCGAGGGGAAGCCAGGGGCGCGCCCUUGCCGCGCCCCCAGCCCGGGCGCGAGCCCUCCGCGAAGGCCGGGGCCAUGGGAGCUCCGCGCCGCCCGCCGCGCGCGUCCCAGGGGUCCCCGCCGGUGCCGUCGCCACUGCUUCUCCUCCUGCUCCUGUGCGCCCCGGGACUGGGUCGCGCCUCCCCGAGGCUCUUGGACCACCCGGCGCCCGUGUGCACCCAGCAGGGGCUGAACUGCACGGUCAAGAACAGUACCUGCCUGGACGACACCUGGAUCCACCCUCGAAACCUGACCCCCUCGUCCCCCAAAGACGUGCAGACCCAGCUGAGCUUUGCCCGCACGCAGCAAGGACACCUGCUCCCCGUGGUUCACAUCGAGUGGACGCUUCAGACAGAUGCCAGCAUCCUCUACCUGGAGGGAGCAGAGCUGUCCGUCCUGCAGCUGAACACCAACGAACGUCUGUGUGUCAAGUUCGAGUUUCUGUCCACACUGAAGCAUCAUCACAAGCGGUGGCGUUUUGCCUUCAGCCACUUCGUGGUGGAACCCGGCCAGGAGUACGAGGUGACCGUCCACCACCUGCCUAAGCCCAUCCCUGACGGGGACCCAAACCACCAGUCCAGAAACUUCCUGGUGCCCGACUGCGAGGACCCCAGGAUGGAGACCACCACGCCCUGCGUGAGCUCCGGCAGCCUGUGGGACCCAGGCAUCACUGUGGAGGCCCUCGAGGCCCGCGAGCUGCGGCUGAGCUUCACCCCGUGCAACGAGUCCACCAGAUACCAGAUCCUGCUGAACAGCCUUCCGCCUGCGGAGGACCGGAGCUGCUUCCAGCGCGUCGUGGACGUGGCCGUGCCUGCACACGAGGCCACCCAGCGGCGCUGCAACGUCACGCUCACCCUGCCAGCCUUCAGCUGGUGCUGCCGUCACCGCGUGCAGAUCCGGCCCUUCUUCAGCAGCUGCCUCAACGACUGCCUCCGACACUCGGUGGCCGUGCCCUGCCCAGAGGUCCCGCCCACCUCAGACCACACGCCCCUGUGGCUGUCCAGGUACAUCCCCGGCCUCUCCAUCCUGCUGGUGGGUUCCGUCAUCGUGCUGAUCGUCUACCUGGCCUGGAGACUACUGGGGUCCCAUCACAGGAAAUAUGAAAAUGGCACCAGAUGCACAGACGUCCUGCCCGCUGCCACCAGCCUGAGCCCCCCACCCCUGAAGCCCAGGAAGGUCUGGAUCGUUUACUCGGCCGAUCACCCCCUCUACGUGGACGUGGUCCUGAAGUUCGCCCAGUUCCUGCUCACCGUAUGCGGCACCGAAGUGGCCCUCGACCUGCUGGAGGAACAGGCCAUCUCGGAGGCGGGGGUCAUGACCUGGGUGGGCCGCCGGAAGCAGGAGGUGGUGGAGAGCAACUCCAAAAUCAUCGUCCUGUGCUCCCGAGGCACCCGGGCCAAGUGGCAGGCCAUCCUCGGCCGGGAGGACGCCGCCGUCCAGCUUCGCUGCGACCGUGGGAAGCCCGCGGGGGACCUGUUCACGGCGGCCAUGAACAUGAUCCUGCCGGACUUCAAGAGGCCGGCCUGCUUCGGCACCUACAUCGUCUGCUACUUCAGCGACAUCAGCUGCGAGGCCGACGUCCCCGAGCUCUUCAACAUCACCUCCUGCUACGCGCUCAUGGACAAGUUUGAGGAGGUCUACUUCCGCAUCCAGGACCUGGAGAUGUUCGGGCCGGGCCGCAUGCACCGCGUCGGGGCGCUCACGGCCCAGAACUACCUGCAGAGCCCCGGCGGCCAGCAGCUCCGCGAGGCCGUGCAGCGCUUCCGCCGCUGGCAGGCCCGGCGCCCCGACUGGUUCAAGCUCGAGAGCCUCUGCUCGGCAGACGACCGGGACCUCCCGUCCCUGGAUGAGGAGGCCUUCGAGGAGCCGCCGCCAGGAGGAGGGAUCGUUCGGCAGGAGCCGCUGGUGCUGGAACCCGCCUCCCAGGGCAGCCUGCUGGUGGAGCUGCUUCUCGCCGGGGAAGGAGGGGGCCUGUCGCGGCUGGAGCCCCAGCCUUGGCCCCAGGAGCAAACGGCGGCCCAGACGCUCCAGACCACGGUGGUACCGGUGGACGGGGCCCCUCCAGCGCAGGCGGUAGAGCCCGUCCCUCAGGCCGGCAGGAGCGGUGCCGCCAGCCGGCUGGCCCUGGCUGCGGGAGACGAGGCCUGCCCGCUCCUGGACGGCUGGGGCCCUGGGCGGAACAGCAUCCUCUUCCUCCCCACGCAGCCCGAGGACCCGCCCAUCCGCAGCAGCCCCACGGGGCGGCCGGACGGCUCCAUGCCGCCGCCCCCACCGCAGAGCCCGCGCUGCCGGGACGUGCGCACGCCGCCUGCAGGGGAGCGGCGGCGGUCGGUGCAGUCCGACCAGGGCUACAUCUCCAGGGGCUCCCCGCAGCUCCUGGACGACGCCGACGGGGACCAGGGCGGGGGGCCGGGCGGGCAGCCGCUGUAUCCCGAGGGCCUGGAGAGCCUGUGGGGCCUGCAGCUGCUGCUCUUCCUCCAGGAGCUUCGCAAGAGCCCUGGCCUGCAGCCCAAGGGGCCGCCGCGUGGGGCCUCCCCUGCUCAGGGCGGUGAGCGCGUGUGGCCGUAGGUGUGCGGGUGCGGACAUGUGUAUGCUCGUGUGUGAGACGUGUACCUUUAAAACGUAAACAUCUUGACUCUGUCCCCUUAACCUUCCUUCCCGUGACCGUCCCCACGAGGACCCACAGCCUAUUCCCAGGAGCUAACGGCAGUGUCCUUGGGGGUCUGUCAUUCGUUCCUUCAGCCCUUAUUUUGUGCCCCGCGUUGCCCUGACCGUCAAGGAGCUGCCCGUCUAGUGAGGAGGACGGGGUAGCACGUGGGGCGGGGCGCGAGAUUCAGAGGGUGCCAGAAGCUCGCCCGGGGCCGUGAAGUCCGCAGAAGGGGCGCCUGGCCCAGGGAGAAGCUUCUGGAGGA